UGCCGCUGUCCGCGGUGCCGAAAACUGACGAGCAGACCAGGAGGAAGAGUCCUUGCAGUGUGGAAGUAAAAAGUCAAGCCUCGGAAAGAUUAUUGGGAAUUACAGGAGAAUAACCUCAACAAAAAAGACAGGAAGCGGUCACCAGAUAGGACAAUAAUAGGGAGUGGGCUGCGAGCGUGACAAGACUGUGACGUCCUGAGGAGUGGAUGCUGGAAUCCCCCACACUGCUCCCACUCGAAUUUUGCAAUCCCGCUCCUUGGCGGCCAUCCUGAGUAUCCAUGAUGGCUUCCCACAGCAUCUCAAGUGCCCUUAUCCUCCUGGUUCUCCUAACAAGGGUCUUUGAUGCUGACCUCUCCAUGCAGAGCGUCACUCCCGCCGGCGUGGCGGUGUCAGGAGAUACGGAGGACAGGGAUGAAGGGAGAAUGGAGAAAAGGGCACCGAAAGGAGAUGACCUCUUUGACGAUGUGGACCCCAAAACACUUGCGGCGCUUUUGCUGGAGGCGCUCAACCGCACGCGUGUCGAGAGCAGGCGGGAGGAAGAGUCAGGGGCUCAGCGAGACCGAGACGGCCGACAGAAGCUGGAGUUGUUGAUGGCCGCUCAGGGCCAGGAGGAGGCAGAGGAAAAGAAGAAGGCCGAGGAGGAAGAGGAGAGGAUGACUGAGCGGGUGUCCAGUCGCACCAGCAGCCAGACCCUCCAGGUCCAGACGCAACAACCCCCAGCUGUAGUGGGGCCGGAGCAAGGUGGCGGCGAGGAGGAGCAGCUCAACCCAGAGGAGCUGAGGAGCCUGGAGACCAUGAUGAAGGAAUUCCCGCGUUUGGACACGGCUAUAAAGCGAGGAGGAGAUUCAGAGCCAAACCAGCGGGAGAGUCGAGGCUACAGCAGUUUCAACGACAUCAUCCCGCUCAGCAAGGGCAGCUUCUCCGAGAAGAAGUUGAAAUGGCAAGAGGAGACUCAGAAGGCCUUGAACAUGCCAGCCUUCAGAGGUGGGAAUUUCAUGGAUGACUUUGAAGGCAACAAUGCCGCAACUGUAGCGCAGCCGCUCCAAUCACAGCAGAUGGAGAGUGAUGAUCCAGAAGAAGAAGAGGACGAGGUGUUGACUCCAGAGGAAGAGGAGGCGCAGGCCAAGGCAGAGCAGGAGGAGAUGAGGAGGCAGGCGGCCGAGGCGCAGAAAGCCAAGAUGGAGGAGGAGAAGCUGGCUGACAUUGCUUCUGACAUGCUGCUCCGCUACAUGGUCAAGCAGAAUGGUGGCAGCAGCAGAAAGUACCCCGCCACGCAGUCUGACGCCGCUGCGGACAAGAGGUCAGAGGAAGAGCAGGAGGACGACGACAUUGACCCUCAGACCAUUGACAAGCUCAUCGAGAUCUCCAACAAGCUUCACCUGCCCGCCGACGAUGUGGUGGACAUCAUCAGCGAUGUGGAGAAGAAGAAGAAGAAGGAUGUGGCACCGGAUUUCAUAACGCACUGGCAACGCCCACAGUUGUCCUCCGCCGAUUCCUUCACAAAAUCAAACAGCUUCCAGGUCUCCAAGCAACCUUCCCCAGCGGUCCAUAUUCUCAAAAGCUGGUUUCAGGAGCCUUCAAGUUCCAAGGGGUUCUGGAGCAACCCUGCUGAUCGUCUCCCAUGGUCCAAACCUCUUAAGUCCAUCAACCAGGAAGCCUGGCUCCAAACGCCGAGACCUGUUUGGACACACUACCCCUCCUUCUACCAGAGGAAACCCCACCAGGACUAUUACCCCAUUUACUUUCCUCCUCCAAGGCCGACAUUCCGGUACUACGUCCCCAAGCCUGCUCUGGCCUUCAACACCCUCCUGCAGCGUUCCCAGGAUGGCGCUUACAGCUUCUUGCCCAAACAGCGUUACCUCAACUGGAUGCCGCCCCGCUUGAGAAAGCCCCCCGCUGCAAUUUACCCCAGACGCCCCUUUUCCUUCUACCCGCACACCGCCCCCAAACCAGGAAUCCCUCUGUAUCAAUCGGCACCAAGGGGACAUUUGGACAAAUACAUCGAGCAGCUACUCUUGAACAGACCACAGGACUAACAAGGGGGCGGGGUUAAGCAAGAUACAGGUGGGAUGCUGAGGGAAUAUGAGAGCAUGUCUUUCUAUUUGUCCCACUUCCUUUUUGACAUUAUUCAUUUGUUAUUUGGACAUUCCAGGAGGGCUCUUUGAAUAAAUAACUGAGGAAUCAUCCAAAAAUUCCACCUGAACAUUUGGACAAGGCCUGGAAAGGACAUUUCUAAGGGGAUAAGGAAUGAUAACUAGUGAGGUUUGGACUGCAGUGUUGGCAAUGUGUGAAUGAUAAACAGCCACAAUGACAAUAACAAUUUUUAUACUUGGAAAAAAAUCCUUAAAGACACAUCUAAUAUAUAUUAAUACCCUUGUCUCCCAACGGUUUCAUGUUUUUUUUUUUUUUUCCCCAAAUAUAUUUUCUUUACACAGCCACAUGAUUCCCACAUCAACAUGUACAGUAUUUGAUGGAGGGGGCCUGGAAGGAGCACUCUAAUGGCUGGCAUGACUCAUCUCUUUGCAUCACUUCAAUUACCUUGUUGCCAUAGUGCCAAAGUUUACAUUCUUGUCUUUGAUGGCUGAUCUCUCCCGCAGAGUCACUUUGCAGAGGAGGAAAAAAAAAAUAACUCCAAAAUCAAUUUUCCUCCUUUCUUCAAACAUUCGCAAUCACACCACAUUGUUCUCUAAUGUAAUAUAGUACUUCCGUCAGUCCAUUACAAUAAGUACACAGUACUGUGUACACUGUGCAGUUACUGAGUAUGCAAAUUUUGACAAUGUAGUGCUGUCCAAAUCCAUUAUCCACUUCCUCUUCUCUCCUUUUUGUGAAUUGCAACCACUCCCCUAUGUAGCCAAGAUGGUGACUAUCGAGGGCGCUCAGUGUCCAGCAAUGCACACUCACCGUUUUGGCCGUUCUGAGUGCAAAGUCUGCACUGCGAUUUUUUCAUUUUACAAUUUUCAGUGCACUUGUGCAUUCAAAAGACUACGUGUAUGCACAGAAGUGCUGAAAUUAAGACAACUUAAGUACAGUAGUGCAAGACUUGAAAUGCAGACAAAGUGUAAGUACCCAACUGAGAGAAUUGAGACACAGCCUAAGUGAGAGGAAGUGCGCAGUUGAGACACAAACGAAGUGUAUGUGUGGAAGUGCACAACUGAGUCACAGUGUAAGUACGGAAGUGCGUGAAUUGAGACACAGCCUAAGUAUAACUGCGGAAGUACGUGAAUGAAGACAGAGCCUAAGGCUACGCUGACAGGUCAAUUACAUUUUUUUCAUGUCAGUGUGAACAGUACAAUUCAGGUCGCUUGUAUGCCGGUAUCAAUCCGAUAUGUAUCCGAUUACUGCAGUCUAUACUUUUUGGCCGCUUACAGUACAUCUGACCUAUACAUCAUGGAAAGGCAUGUUUUGCCACGUGAGAGUUAGGGAAAGGUACUCACAGAUGUAGGCAAAACUUCUCAGUGAAAAGUCAGUGAAGCUUCUGUGUCUAGUCUGUGGCUGUUUCUCAAAUGGACACUUCCGUCAGUACACUUCAACGAGAGUGUGAGUGUGUACACUUUGUUCUUAGUUUCUCAGUGCGCAAAUUUUGACAGAGUUGUCCCAAAUCCUUAACAUCACUAACUGUCUGUGUUCGUAAAUAGAAAGUUGGUUACAAGCUGAUACCAUAUCUGCUGCCUUGCAGGUCACUGAGACAUACCAUUUCUCUUUCUUAUGACCUUUUUGUCAUUUGAUAUCACCCAUGUGCUCCACUUGAGGAAUGUCACAGUAUUUGUAAUUUAUAAUAAUUUGAUAUUUGUAUGAGAUCAAAGAAGGAGAAAUGAGGCAAGCGUGCACGUUUGUGUAAUUGCAUCUAAAGUGUCUUCUCUGAGGAGAUGACCAAGCAACAAGUAAAAAAACUAAAAAAAAACAAAACAAAAACAUGACACAAAUGAUGUUGUACCUUGAAAUUCUUGUUUGAGUGAAUUACGCUGUUGUUGCUCUUGUUAUUGUCGUAAUAAACAUGAGUUGGCUGCAUAUGCACACAGGUGCAUGUCAAUGACUACUUUUGCUACGCACAAACCAAUAAAGUCAACUGCUUUUUUUUUUAU